CAUGCGCAAGUAUCGAAGCUAAAUAUACUUCCUGUAAAAAUCUUUACCCCGACUGUCAGAACAACAUCAAGUUCGAAAGAAGACGAAAGCAUGGCAGACUACGGCAAAGAUUACAUGGCAAACAACGCCGAUCCCAAGAACAUCCAGGACCUGACAGCUUUUGUACAGACUCUUCUGCAACAGAUGCAAGACAAGUUCCAGAACAUGUCUGACCAAGUGAUCACAAGGAUUGAUGAGAUGGGAAACCGCAUUGAUGAUCUUGAGAAGAACAUCGCUGAUCUGAUGACACAGGCUGGUGUAGAUGAACGCGCAUAGCCGAACUUGUCACAUAACUUCAUCAUCUUGUGUAUUUUGUAUGUCACAAUGUGUGUGUGUAUCAUCUUGAGCCCUCUGGUAGUGGCGUGUCCUUUCAGCAAGGGGGCAUGGUCACUUGAAGGGUGUGUCCUUAACGAGAGGGACUGUAUAUCACCGUACACAGAACAUUCCACCCAGUAUUUUAGCGUGUGCCUUCGACCAAGACUGAACCACAACAAAUUUGUAGAGUACUAUAACAGUGGCAGCCUCAUUGUGUAGUGGUGUCGGAAACUUUUGUAGACAAAUUCAUCAAUGUAUGCAAAAAAACAGGAGCAUAUGUCGCCAGUGCUGUCAUCCUCUAUAAUAUCUCAAUUAAUCCAUCAUAUCAAUUUAAACUGGGUCUAAAAGGAUGGCAAAAUCUGACGACAAUUUUUUUUAAAUUCAUUAAGUUGGUCCUACCAUCCCCUCUCUCUGUAGUGGAACAACCAACCAAGUAAUAUAAAUGUAUGUUAUAUACAAUGUACAUAUCUCAUGCACCAUACAAGAGUUUAGGGAGGGCAGGAUUGACAUGUGUAAUUGUGGUUGUGUAAAUGAUAAGUUUUUCUGGGCAGCUGUCAAUGUCCAAGCCUGUAUAAAAUGUGAUCAAUUGAUG